AGUCCUUAUGCUGCUUCAACUGGUGAUAAAAGUGAGCAAUAUCGUGCAGGGUCCACAUCGUCCGGCUACAAUAGCUCAUCAGGUUCCAGUUCCGGCAGUUCUUACGGCUCAAGUUCUGGUCAAACAUCGAAAACUGGCUCAUAUGGUACAUCAGACCAAACAGUGACAGAUAAAGCAAAACAAAUGGGAAAGGAGGCUGCUGACUAUGCCAAAGAUAAGGCAGAAGAUGUGAAAGAUUGGGCUAAAGAUAAAAGUGGUGAUGUGAAAAAAGCCGCAAGUAAUGCAGCCAGUUGGACAAAAGAUAAAGUAGAUGACGCAUCAUCAUGGGCCAAAGAUAAAUCAAAUGAAGUAAAAUCAAAUACAUCAGAUUCAACAAAACAUAAAGUCAAUCAAACAGUCGAUCGUGCUGCGUCUGGUGUCAAAUCAGCUGCUGAUUCUGUGAAAAGAGGAGCGGAUAGUGUAAAAAGUGGAACUGAUAAUGCUGCAUCGAAAGCUAAAACCAAAUAUUAA